AUGCCGUCCGAUAUCAAGUUGAUUAUAGGGGCCGUCUAUUACGAUAAUUAUACCGAUGAAAACGUUUAUAAAACGGACAAAUGGGUGAUCAAUGGGUGCUAUAAGUUUGAUAAAAUGGAUUUUAUGGCCGACGAUAUCGCACUGAUUCAUACAGAGACUGCUAUUAAAAUCAAUGGCCAGAAUAUAGCGGCCAUUUGUCUGCCGGCGCCGGGCGUUCAGCCCAUUGGCAGUGAUGUGUGGAUCGCCGGUUGGGGCGUUUGGGACCCGGACUGGGAGGAGCCGUCUCGUAAGUUACAAAAAGUUUACACUAAGAUUGUGAACGAAGAGAUGUGUCACGUGUACGAGUGGUUCCGUAAUGUCGGUCUUUGGCGGUUUCCCGGAGGCAUACGUUUCUGUGUUAUGAAUGAAGAUUCAACCGGUGAUUCCGGCGGACCUUUGAUGCAAAUAAUGAACGGAACGGUAUAUCAAUUGGGAAUCGCAUCGUUU